GUGAGAUUCUGUUAUAUGUUUCCCAUGUAAGGAUGAUGAAGUUGCUACCGAAUGGCUCAACAAUGAAGCAGUUAGGGAAGCAAUCAAUGCUAAACCAAAAAACGUAGCUGGGGAUUGGGAGCUGUGUACUGAUAGAAUCAAAUUCCACCAUGACGCUGGCAGCAUGAUGAAGUACCACAGGAACCUGACUUUGAAAGGCUAUAGGGCACUCAUUUUCAGG